UAGAGCUGAGAAUAAAUUAAAUAUGAUGGAAUAAGAUUGAUUGGAAUUUGAUGAUUAAGUGCUCGACCAUUUUGAUGGUUGUGUGAUUGAAUGAGUCAAACAAUACUUCUGCCAUUGGAUUGUGUAUGUAUUGAUGUAUAGGGGUUGAGUUAUGUUGCUGUUGAAAUAUGUUGUCGAUAGGUUAUAGGUCUCGUUGCGUAAUGAGUUAUGAUUAAGAGUUUACGCAACCUAAUUACACGAAUUGCAGAAAACUGUUAUACAGAACAACCAUAUUGCGAGGGAAAUAUCUCGAGGUUAAUAGCUCCAAAUUAAGUUAUUUUUGUUGGUACAAAAACUUGAAGAUGUUGUCUAUAAUUUGUUUAGGUUUGAGUUUUCCUGAAUCAGCCUCUAAACUGUUCAUAAUGAGUAGAACAUUAUGUCGCGCAUGACAGUUCUGCAGUUUUAAAACAGCCCAAUGUCUUAACUUCCGGACUAGUUUCAGACACCUUCGGGUGCUAAUCUUAGUCAGAGACCUCAACAAAAGUCAUAGACGACGUUCCAAACCUUGGGAUUGUCAAUUUUUUUUAGAGAUCGGAAUAUUUUAGAUAAGCGUUUUUAAUAGCCGAAGUAGGCUAAAAACAGCUUUCAAACCAAAAAUCAUAAAUAGAAUCGUUAUUAAUUCGCGAUGGUUAUCGAAUUUGCGUAGACCCGACGAGACGAAUAUUGAUAGGGCAUGAAACUCAAAGAUCGAGAUCGAGUUAGCGAUGGGCAUAUUUAAAGUAUAUGGAUAGCAAGUGGAAGUGAAGAGCAUGGGAGGCAGGCAAGAACUGAGAUUAAAGAAAAAUUUGAAGUUUUUGAAUUUUUCAAGAAAUUCAAUACAAACUGAUUCUUGAUGAUAAAAUAUGAAAAUUCUGAUCUGGGUUCUUGCUAGAAAGAAGAAAUUAUAGAAAAGUUGCAGUUUUUGUAAACCAGUGGAUCUCCAAUGGACUCGCCGAUUCUAGAACCGAGUCCAGCACCGAGUCCAGCUCCGAGGAAGAAGAUGACUAAACAGUUGACAGGAAAACGAGACGAUACGCCAUUGCAUUCUUUAGCCAGAGCAGGAAAUCUGGCUGCUGUGAUGGAGAUUAUCUGUAACAGUGAAGAGGAAGAGUUGAAGAAAUUGUUGGAAAAAGAAAAUCAAUCAGGAGAAACUGCACUUUAUGUAGCUGCUGAGUAUGGUUAUGUUGAUUUAGUUAGAGAGAUGAUUAAGUAUUAUGAUCUUGCUGAUGCUGGUAUCAAAGCAAGAAAUGGGUUUGAUGCCUUUCACAUUGCUGCCAAGCAAGGCGAUUUAGAUAUUUUGGAAGUAUUAAUGGAGGAACAUCCAGAAUUGGCUAUGACAGUUGAUUUAUCAAACACUACAGCUUUACACACAGCAGCAACACAAGGCCAUAUAGAGGUAGUGAAUUUUUUGUUGAGUGGAGGAAGUAGCCUAGCAGCUAUUGCUAGAAGCAAUGGGAAAACCGCCUUGCAUUCAGCCGCUCGAAACGGGCAUUUAGAAGUUGUAAGAGCACUCAUUUCCAUGGAGCCUGGGAUUGUGACUAGGGUCGAUAAAAAGGGUCAGACGGCACUUCACAUGGCGGUGAAGGGGCAGAAUGUUGAAGUUGUGGCGGAGCUGAUUAAUGCAGAACCUUCGUCCGUCAACAUAGUCGAUACCAAGGGAAACACCGCGUUGCAUAUCGCCACCCGAAAAGGAAGAUCUCAGAUCGUCCAGUUGCUGCUCCGGCACAAAGAAACGGACAUGAACGCCGUGAACAGAGCGGGCGAAACCGCCUUCGACACAGCAGAGAAAACAGGGCACCCAGAGCUAGCAGCCAUUUUGCAAUCUCACGGAGUUAAAACCGCAAAAACAAUAAAACCACAACUAACAAACCCCGCGCGGGAACUAAAACAAACCGUUAGCGACAUAAAACACGAAGUCCACUACCAGUUAGAACACACUCGCCAAACCCGUAAGCGCGUCCAAGGAAUCGCCAAACGCCUCAACAAAAUGCACGGCGAGGGCCUCAACAACGCCAUCAACUCCACAACCGUCGUCGCCGUCCUCAUCGCCACCGUCGCCUUCGCCGCCAUCUUCACCGUCCCCGGCCAAUACGUGGACGACAAAAACAACAUCCCCGCCGGACAGUCGCUCGGCGAAGCCAACAUAGCUCCACAAGCUUCGUUCAUAGUCUUCUUCAUCUUCGACUCCAUCGCGCUCUUCAUUUCGCUAGCGGUGGUCGUCGUGCAAACGUCCGUCGUGGUUAUAGAGAGCAAGGCGAAGAAGCAAAUGAUGGCGGUGAUUAACAAGCUGAUGUGGCUAGCUUGUGCGCUUAUUUCGGUGGCGUUUUUAGCUCUGGCGUUUAUUGUGGUGGGCGAGGAUGAGCAGUGGCUGGCGAUCAGUGUGACGAUCAUCGGAGCGAGUAUAAUGGUGACGACGCUGGGGACAAUGUGUUAUUGGGUGGUUAAGCAUCGGAUUGAAGCGAAGAAUAUGAGAAGUAUACGGCGAUCGUCGUUGGGAAGUAGAUCACGGUCGUUUUCUGUUGAUGUAAUGUCGGAUACUGAGGUUUUGAGUAAUGACUAUAAGAAAAUGUAUGCAAUUUAACACCUUUUUUCCUA